ACAGAAGGGUGUCGACACUAUCGCGCUCAUCUACAUGCAAAAAGCCGCAACUGUUUAGUCCAUUCCCCUCUGAAACCUUGCCAUUCGUCAAACUAUGUCGACAUUCUUUUCUCUCCAAAAUCCCCCUCUUCCCCACCCAAUUGCAAACGAAUCAAACCGCACCAAGCCCACCGUCUCUGCUUUUCUCUCUCUCACAGACGGAUGAUCUGAGGAUAAACGCAGGAUUUGUUCUUCAAUGGUGGUCUUUGAGGAAUUGUUUGUGCUUUCCUUUGGACGGUUGAAGGGAAAGACCAUGAUUUUUUCGGAGUCGAUGCUACGGACAAUUUCCCAAUCUAUGGCCACAACGAGUUGCGGCGGAACCGAUUUAGAGACCUGCCGAGAUGAGUCAGGCGCACUCACUCUCAAAUUCGUCGCAAUCGCCGCAAUACUCGUCGCCGGCGUCUCUGGCGUCGCCAUUCCCCUCGUGGGAAAGAAGCGCCGCUUCCUCCGCACCGAUGGCAACCUCUUCUUCGCCGCCAAAGCCUUCGCCGCCGGCGUCAUCCUCGCCACCGGCUUCGUCCACAUGUUACCCGACGGUUCGACGGCGCUGUCCGACUCGUGUCUCCCCAAAAACCCCUGGUCCAAGUUCCCCUUCUCCGGCUUCUUCGCCAUGGUCUCCGCCCUCGCCACCCUCGUCGUCGACUUCGUCGGAACCCAGUACUAUGAACGCAAACAGGAGCGGACUCAGGCGAGUGAGGCCCGAGUCAGGCCUUCAGACUCAGACGGGAUCGUCCCGUUUAUCGAAGCUAAGGAUUCCAACGGAAAGGUGUUUGGAGAAGAAGAAGGCGGAGGAAUGCACAUAGUGGGAAUGCAUGCUCACGCGGCGCACCAUAGACACAACCACCCUCAAGGGGAGGAGUCUUGCGACGGCCGCCGCGGUGGCCACGAUCACAGCCAUGGACACGGCCACUCUCACGGGUUUGGGUUAGAAGAUGGUGAUGACGAAGACGGCGGCAUUCGACACGUUGUCGUUUCACAGGUACUGGAACUAGGAAUCAUAUCCCACUCGGUGAUAAUAGGGCUAUCACUGGGAGUGUCUCAGAGUCCAUGCACCAUAAGACCCUUAAUAGCGGCAUUAUCAUUCCAUCAGUUCUUCGAGGGCUUCGCCCUGGGAGGCUGCAUCUCCCAAGCCCAGUUCAAGACCCUCUCCACCACCCUCAUGGCCUGCUUCUUCGCCAUCACCACCCCAGCAGGCAUCGCCUUCGGCACGGCCAUUUCUUCCUCCUACAAUCCCGACAGCCCCCGAGCGCUGGUCAUCGAAGGCGUAUUCGACUGUGUCUCAGCCGGCAUCCUUAUAUACAUGGCGCUGGUGGACUUGAUUGCAGCGGACUUCCUGAGCAAGAGGAUGAAGUGCAAUGUUAGGCUCCAAGUCCUCUCAUAUUUGAUGCUGUUUCUUGGAGCUGGCAUGAUGUCUGCUCUUGCCAUUUGGGCUUAAGAUAGUCAGAUUUCAAUUUUUUUCUCUUUUACUAAUUCUUGUUUUGGGGCCUAAAGAUUCGGUUUUUUGGAGUAAUACAAGCAAGAAUGAAUUUGCUGAUUGCUUUUUCUUGGUGCGAAUAUGAAAUGGUGGGAUUGGGAAAGGCUGUUGUGUUGGAAAAAAUUAAGACAUUGUUUGGGAAUUGUAUUUUAGAGUUAAAAAC